CCAAGAGCCAAUUAUAUCCUCCAAUGUAUCAUUAAUGGCGAGGGCGGAGUGAAGACCGCGCCCCCAACCCCCCUCCCCUUGAUUGUUGAACACAGCCCCAUCUGCAGUCGAGACAUCGGCUUCUUCUACUUCUACAUUUGUACAUCCCGAUGGACCAAGUUUUAAGUUCAACAGCCUUCUACUUGGCGUACACCCUACGGCUAGGUAUUCUUCAACCUCCUAUCUCACCGCGUUUCUUUACUAUACGUAUCGCCAUAAGUCGAGGCGCACGGAUCGUACGACCUAACUAAAUACACACCUACUAUAAACAACUAUAUUGUUGCGAAGAGCUAUGGGCCUGAUAGAUACUACUAUAUCCUACCAACCAACAGACCUAUACCCCUAUCCAGGUGGCAAGGGCUACGGUCCUGGUAGGACAUUGGGUUGAUUCGCAAGGCGCACGGAUGUAAGGGCAGGUCUUUCUAACUUGAGGUGAGGUAGCACAGAAUAUCUGCCUGCAUAUAUUGGUUGCGUCUACAUUAGGUAGGUCAUUCAAGACAGGUUGGCCGUUGGAACAGCCCUGCGUUUGAUAAGUAACCAACUUGGGCUUUUACUGUUAGCAUCCUCUGCGUUGCUUUGUUGUUUUCUUCGAUGGCAAGCUUUGUUAUAAGCUACCUACCUUAUCCUGUAGUUUCAAUCGACUCAAUCAUCAUUUCAACGUCCUCUUUCGCCAUUGCCGUAUUGAGCUUUCAACAUGGGCAGCCCUCCAGCGCGCGAAGGCGAAGUGGAUUUCCAGGCACCUGGGGCGUCGAAGCCAUGUAAGACAUGGUACAAGGUCGUCGGCAAGCUGGAUUCGCCACCUCUCAUUGCUUUGCACGGUGGCCCGGGUACCGGCCAUGAGUACAUGAUCACGCUGCUUGACCUCUAUGAGAAGCACGGGCUCCCGAUCAUCCUGUAUGAUCAAGUCGGCUGCGGCCGUUCCACCCACUUUCGGGAGAAAGACGGCGACGAGUCGUUCUGGACAAUGGACCUCUUCAUCGCCGAGCUUGACAACCUGGUCGACCAUCUGCAGUUGCGAGAGGUCGGGUUCUCUGUCCUUGGCCAGAGCUGGGGCGGCAUCCUCGCCGGCGCCUACGCUUCGCGCCGACCGAAAGGUCUGAGGAAGAUUAUCAUUGCCGGCGGGCCUGCCAGCAUGCCCUUAUACUCGGAGGGCUGCAAGUAUCUCCUUUCUCAGCUGCCACCGGACGUGCGGCGCACCAUCGAGGAAUGCGAGCGCAAGGGUGACUACGAAAGCGAAGAGUUCCAGAAGGCUAGUGCCGUAUUUUACGCCCGCCACUUCUGCAAACUCGACCCAUUCCCCGAGCCUGUCCAGGUCGGGUUUCAGCACCUGAAGGAGGACCCGACUGCUUAUCUCACUAUGCAAGGACCCUCAGAAUUCACCAUCGUUGGUAGCUUCAAGGACUGGGAACCGUGGAAGGAGGCACACAACAUCGAGGUCGAAACGCUGCUUCUCAACGGUGAUCAGGACGAGGCGAUGGACCUUUGCAUCGAGCCGUGGUUCAGGAGCAUUGCCAAGGUCAAAUGGGUCACGCUGAACAAUGCCAGCCACAUGACUCAUUGGGAACAUCGAGAGAGAUUUAAUGAGCUCUGUGGAACGUUUCUCUUGAGUGGGUGAGAAUCUGAAUUUUUGACUGAUAUGGAUGAGAACAUUCAAGAGGUAGGUACCUAAGUAGGUAGUCAAAGUAGUCAAGUAGGCACCUACCUGCUAAGCAGUCGAAAACAAU